AAUACCCCUCCGCCAAACUCCUACAAAACCACAUUCAGGCCAAUUCCCAUAUGGAAUCAACAGUCAAUUCUCUCGUGCUGGAGCCGGCUACCCCGGAAGACGUCCCUGCGAUCACAGAACUAUGGUUCGCUGCGUUCACACAGCCAGUGAUUGGGCAUCUAUUUCCCAACACCCCCGGUAUGCAAAAAUGGCACCAGGACUGGCACCUUGGCGACUUUCAGACCAAGCCGUACCAAAAGUACCUGCGCGUGGUUGACACCAACUCGAAGGAUGAGCAAUGCCGACCGCGGCUAGUUGCCUUUGGCAAAUGGGACCUGUCCAUGCCCGAAGAGCGAGGUCGUCGCUUUCCGCCAUGGCAUGCGGACUCGCCUUAUCAGGAAUGUGAGGACUUGAUUACAGCGCUGGAGAAGGAAAGGAAGCGCGUUAUGGGCGAUGAGAAGCAUUACUACCUGGAUACCCUCGGCACUCAUCCCGAUUAUCAACGGCGUGGGGCUGGCUCUAUGAUUGUCAAAUGGGGCUGCGAUUUGGCUGAUAAGGACGGCGUUGCAGCUUAUGUGGAUGCUAGCAAGGAAGGCGCACCGCUAUACCAGAAACACGGCUUUGUAGAUUUUAGUCCUCCCGGCUCUGAAGUGGCCUCGAUGGCUCGCGGCAAGAAAACUGCAUAAGUGAUAC